ACGCGCGUCACAGCCGACGGACCCCACCGGCGCUUCUCGAGUCGCGAGCAUUCCGCCCAUGCACUUCAACCGCAGGUCCCUCGCGCUGCUCGCAUGCGCGAUCCUCGCCCUUCAACCCGUCUCGGCGAUGGAGGGUAUGUCGGGCAUGGCUUCCGGUUCGUCGACCACGACCUGGUCGUGCUCCGCCAAGUGCGACGGGUCCGUGGCCGCGGACAAGAUCUGCGGCGGCAAGAACGUCUCCACUGCCAGCACCUUGGGCCUCGGCACGUGUGCCGAGACCAAGAAGGCAAUCUUCGACGUCCCCAAGUACGCCACCUCGGCGCACAUGGUCCCGUGCGACCCCGGCUACUGCAAGAUGUGCACCGCGGCGGGUGAGAAGACCAUGAUGGGCUCCACGGUGACGUGCUACAACAACUCGGUGACCAUGUACGCGAACAAGACGGACGCCAACGACCACGCCCUUGCGAGGGGAUGCAAGGGGAGCCACGAGAUGAUGUCGAAGUUCAUGCCCGGCGAGACACACGCGUCAUGCGAGUCGGGAAAGAAUUACUUUGAUGCCGUCGCCUCCGGCGCCGCCAGUGGAGGCGCCGCCGCGGCGCUCUUCGCGAGCGUCGUCGUCGCCGGCGUCGGGGGCUUCCUCGUCUAAAAGCUCGAGGUGUUCUGACUGAGCGCCUCGAGGGUCAGGCUUGGGAAUGUUGGGGAGUGUAAGUCAGUCGUUAGCCCUCCGGGGAUGGCUUUUCCUGCAGCUGCCUGUAAACCAUCAGUUUCACG